AGGGCCGUCCCUUUAGAUGCGUCCUGUUCCGUGCCACUCCGGUGGAUGCCUUCCGCCGAGAGGAAAAGAAGCGCUUAGGUAGGCGCUCCUUGUUGCCGGAUUCCUUCUUUCCUCCGAGAGCUAGCACGGUAGCACCAACCGAACAAUUAUCCAAGGGCGCCUCUUCUUUAAAUGGUUCGCCGGUUCUAUUUCGUUGCCGCGAACAGAAGGAGAGCUAGCAUGUAUCCCGCGCUCAGACCCGCGCCGCGACGGGCACACGCGAGCCAGCAGCAGCAAGGCCAGCACCGUGCGAGAUAGGGAGGGUGGGAAGGAAGGAGAUGGGUUGCUAUCCCCUGCGCGUGAUCGUCUCCAAAGCGCUUGGGAAAUGCAACGACUAUCGUUAUGCACUAGUGCUAGAGACCUCUUGUCUUUCUCAAGAUAGGUUUCCGUCGCUACAAUUCAGUUCUACUUCUGCUACUAGUUUAUUUCUUUGCGGCGCGAACGAUGGAUGGAAGACCAGAGGAUGGACUACGCCAUGGCCUACCCUCCCGGCCCACACCCAGAGACGCUCUACAUGCGGCCCGUGGCGCGCACCGUCACCUUCAGCGGCACCAACUCCGUGCACAUGAUCCCGCCAAACCCCCCGCCACCGCAGCAGCAGCAGCAGCAGCAGCACCCAGAGCCCCAAGCGCCAUCGCCCCAACAGCAAGCGCCACCACCCCAGCACGUGCCCCAGCCACAACCCGAGCAGCCUGCGCCCGCGCCGGAGCAAGGCCCGCCGCCGGCCGAUCAGCAGCCGAGGCAGCCGAAGCGAGGCAAGAAGAAGCCGCCGCGCCGCGUCCGGUUCGGCCCCGAGCCACCGCCACCGCAGCAGCAGCAGCAGCAAGAACACCAGGAGCAACAGCAGCAACAGGAACAGCAGCCGGAGCACGCGCCGAACGGCAACCCGGGCAGCGGCGCGCCGGGACACCACGGCCAGCAGGGCCGCGGGCCGCCGGGGUACCUGAGGUACACGCCGUCGCCGCUGCCGAGGUGGGAGGCGACGCCGAGGCGGCACGAGUACUUCUCCGGGGAGUACCGGUACAGCUACCCGACGCCGGUGCGCGAGGGCAUCUACAGCAUGGCCACCGACGCCAACCGGCUCACCACCAUCUUCAGCGAGGAGAACCCCAACGCCUGCGCCAUCGUCUGACUCUCACUCUGAGUGCUUGAAGUCGGCCGGCCGGCGGGCCGGCGAGGAAUGAGGUUCUCGCGUCGUACUCCCAUAAUCCCAUUAGCUCUCGCACUGCCUGAUUGGAGGGAGGAGAAUCCGGUUCUCUUCUAGUAGGGGUUGUACAGGCAAAAGAAAGGGGGAAUAGUUGGGUGGCACGACACGAUGAGGUGAACAUUCGCGUUGUUUGGAUUCGGUUCGUACGAUAUACUUUCACGAUGCUCUUUUUCGCGUCUUCUCUUGCAAAGCUAAAAAGAGAUUAGUCAAUGAUUGUUGGCCACCAAAGACAGAUUAAGCAUAAUGUGUCUUAAGAGGUGUAUGUGAUCGGAAUGCAUUGAACAGCGACUGUCUCCUUUCGCUGUC